AUGGGCUGCAACAUUUGUCGGCCUGGGAAAAGCGCCAGCAACCUGGAGAUUGACAAGCAGCUGAAGUCAGACAAGCUGUUGCAGGCGAAAACGAUUAAGAUCUUGCUGCUUGGCACCGCCGAUUCCGGGAAAUCGACGAUCGUAAAGCAGAUGAAAUAUAUGUACAUUGCCAAAACCGACCCCAACGAUCUACACCUCUACACGAUACAAGUCUUACAAAACUUGCGAAUUAUUUUUCAUGAGCUUGCAAAAGCUAUCCUCGAUUUGUAUAGACCCAGCCAGGGAUCUAAGGAUAUUUUGGAUCGAUUUGCCACAAUGGAACCCCAGGAUUCUGAGGUCAAUUGGGCCGAUGAAAGGGAACAGAUGGAAGAAUUUUCUAAGCUCACCGACGUGACGGAUUUUAUGGAAAAGCAUAAAUUCUAUAGAACAUUGCCGGACAAUGCUUCUUACUUUUGGAAUCGUGUUCCGGAAAUUCUGAAGCCGGAUUUUGUGGCCAGCGACCAGGAUACCGUACACCUCAGAAUACCGACGUACGGGAUUCACGAGAUCAAGUUCAAGUUCAAACAUGGGACGAUCAGAUUGAUCGACGUCGGCGGUCAACGGGCAGAACGCCGGAAAUGGAUCCACUGCUUCGAAGGGGUAACCGCCGUAAUGUUCGUAGCAAGUAUGGCAAGCUACGAUCAGCUUCUCGAUGAGUCUCCGGAUACGAAUCGAAUGGCUGAAGCUUUGAAGUUGUUCUACGAAGUGUUCCGGAACCGUUGGCUUGCGGCCUCUGGAUUUUUGCUAUUUUUGAACAAAUUCGACCUCUUUGACGGGAAAAUAGCAUUUUCACCUAUAUCCGCGUUUUACCCGGAGUAUACAGGAGGCCGUAACGUCCACAAAGCAGCCGACUUUAUCCAUGACUUAUUUACAGAUAAAUUGGCAAAAGACGACAUGGAACGGCGCGGCUUCCACGCCCACUUCACCUCAGCUGUAGACCCGGAAAACAUUGGAUUUGUAUUCAAUGGAUCCGUUGACAUUAUUAUGAAUACUUUCAAAAUUCACGUCACAUUCUUUUUCAUCAACUGCCUGAUCCCAGGCAGGUUUAAGCUGAAAAUGGUCCACUUUUUCGUAAAAUACACCCUGAUCGGCGUCGCCCUGGCGUUUUUGGGACAAUUCAUAUGGAUGCUCGAUUUAAACAAACGAGUAUAUCCGCAUCGACCCGGGACUUGCCAGACCGUGCAGGGGAUCGAAAAAGGCUCCGAACAUCUUGAAUAUAUUCCUUCUGAAAAUAUUGUAUUAAUAUCUUCCGGUCUGCAGAUGAUGACCGAUAUUCCGGAUAGGCCGGGAAAGAUCUUCCUCUACGACUUUUCCGAAAAAGCAAACAAAGCUUACCCGCUUGCGAUCGAUCGUGAAUUACACGAUUUCCACCCACAUGGCAUGAGCCAUUUCAUCGAAAAUGGCAAAAUUUAUUUGUAUGCUGUCACGCACACGAUGGCCAGGAAUGGGUUCAAGCACUCGAUAGAACUCUUUGAAUUCAACAAAAAGGGAAAAUCACUUCAUCACAUUAAAAGCUAUCAGCAUGAGGCACUAUUCAGGCCAAACGGCGUUUUCGCAGUCGGUAUGGACAAAUUUUUCGUGACAAAUGAUGGAAGAGCUCAAAAAGGUUACAUGAAUUUAAUAGAGGUUAUGCUAAAUAUACCGACUGGCAGCGUGAUCUACUAUGAAAACGGGAAAGUUCACGCUAUCGUUUCCUACGAUCUAACGCCAAAUGGGCUUUGGGUGGAUUUGAAGAAUAAGAUUUUAUACUAUUCCUCUCAUUUGGGAGAGUUUGUCAAGGCGAUAAAGCUGAAUGACGACCUGAAAUCGCAAAAAGAAUACCUUGGAAAGGCGGCUUUACUAUCGGGAGUCGAUAAUUUGUUCUUGGACCAGGAAGGCUACUUGUGGACAGCCGGGAACCCCGUUUUCCAUCGCGUUUUCGAUGCCAGCAAAUGUUUCACAAGGGAAUUGAGAGCGGGAGAAUUUCCCCCCUCUCAGGUGCUCCGCAUCAAGUUUUCGGACGAUUUCCGGACCCACGAGGUAAUCGAACCUUACACUGAUGAUGGUGAACAAAUUACGUGCUCGGCGGGCGCGAUACAUAACGGAAAGGGGCAAAUGUUGAUUGGCUCCGUCGGCACCACUCUGCUCCACUGCACAUACACUCCAGAGUCAAUUAAGCUA